AUGUUGGGGAGAGGUUGGGCAAAGGGUAAUGGGCAGUACAGAGAUCGUGAAUCAGACGACAGAGCAGAUACAGCUGGUCAGGCAGAGAUAUUUGAUGGACAUAAUGGGUCUGCAGCAGCUAUAUAUACCAAGGAGAACCUAUUAAACAAUGUCUUGAAAGCUAUUCCUACAGACCUUAACCGAGAUGAAUGGAUUUCAGUGUUGCCUAGGGCUUUGGUUGCAGGAUUUGUGAAAACAGAUAAAGAUUUCCAAGAACAAGUUCAAUCAUCAGGAACAACUGUGACAUUUGUGAUUGUUGAAGGAUCAGUUAUAACUGUAGCUUCUGUUGGUGAUUCACGUUGCAUACUUGAGUCUGCAGAAGGUGGCUUAUAUUAUCUAUCAGCAGAUCACAGACUUGAAUGCAGUGAAGAAGAGAGAGAGCGUGUCACUGCUAGUGGUGGUGAAGUUGGUCGGCUGAAUGCUGGUGGUGGUGCACAGAUUGGUCCUUUGAGAUGUUGGCCUGGUGGGUUGUGUUUGUCAAGAUCAAUUGGAGAUCUGGAUGUUGGGGAAUUCAUUGUUCCUGUUCCUUAUGUUAAACAAGUGAAGCUAUCCUCAGCUGGUGGAAGGAUGAUUAUUGCCAGUGACGGUGUCUGGGAUGCCAUGUCAGCAGAAGCCGCUCUAGUAUGCUGUCGUGGACUGCCGCCAGAUACAGCCGCCGCCCAAAUUGUCGAAGAAGCUGUACAGUUUAAAGGAUUACGCGAUGAUACAACUUGCAUUGUUGUAGACAUUCUACCUCCAGAAAAGACUCACCCUCAUGUCCCACAUGCAAAGAGAACUGGUAAAAGGGUAUUAAAGUCAAUGUUUAGAAGAAAAAGUUCAGGGUCACCCCCUCAAGUUGAUGUAGCCUUACUUCAGGCAGAUGUGUUGGAGGAGAUGUUAGAGGAAGGUUCUGCUUUUCUUUCAGAAAGGUUGGAUACGAAAUAUCCGCUUUGUAACCUGUUCAAGUUGUUCAGUUGUGCUGUGUGUCAGAAACAGAUGAAACCUGGGGAGGGUAUUUCCGUCCAUUCAGGGACAUCUAAUUUCAAUAAAGCAAGGCCUUGGGAUGGUCCUUUCCUUUGCUUAAGCUGCCAUGAAAAGAGAGAGGCAAUGGAAGGGAAAUGAAAAUUACCAUAAAGGGUACUAGUACUACACUACCAACCAAAUACUCAAAUUCUUCCCUUUUCUUUCAAUCUUCAACAUAAGUUUCUACCUUCUAAAACAUCUUCCAUAAUUCUUUCCUAAUUUUUUCUUCCUCUAUCCAUCUGUUGUCAGAAUCAUCGGUUAAAUUCCACAAAUAGCAAUGUACUUUAAUCGGUUUUUUUUCUUUUUCUUUUAUAGCAUCUUUGAUUAAUAAAGGAAUUUUCAAAAUAUAAUGACUUAAUAAGGG